ACUGCUUGAAGUCUGCGAUGCAUAGACAUCACCAGACGCUGUAUAUUUUUUGUAACUGUCUGUUGUGUGGUGGAUGUUCUAAGGCCUCUGACAUGAGACCAAACCGGUUCACAAAAGGUGGUGGCUGUGUUAAGCUACUCUGCUUACCCCCAGGCAUUUACCUUAAAUAAAAAGAUGUAUUACAAUAUCAUUAAAUGUUUCGUAUGCUAUUAGCCUAUGAUAGAGCCGUGUUUCCUUUUUCUAUUUCAGCAUAUUUCAAAUUCAGUGGUCAAAAAUAAUGGUAUCUAAGAUAGAUAAGAUAGCUAUGUCUGUCAGUCAAUAGUAAUUGUUCAGGCUUCUAAUACAUUUUAUUUUGUAGCCAGUGUCUUGAAAAUAUGAGGGUAGGUGAAAGAAAAUAAGAUUUUGUCCAAAAAUAUUAACUUUUUAAUUUCAAUGGAGCCAUUGCGCCGUAUCAUAUCGUUCAUUCCCGAACUUUUGACACGUGAUAGAGAAAUCGAAAGUAAAAUAUGUUUAUAUAUACGGAGGGAGAAGGAAGACAUGAAAGAAGCUAUUAUCCUUCAAGGUAAAACGGCAAACCAUAAUCAACAGUUUAUGUGUCACUUAAAUUCCAUGUGCGUUUUAGGUCUACCAUGUUGAAAUAAUUGGCAAUGAUAUCAGUGGCAAUGUGAAGAAGUGGAGGGAGUCAGGCUUCCAUACCCGGGCAAUUGUGAGUUCUUAAUCUCCUGUAAUUUCAUUUAAUUUGUACGAUAAAUAAUUGUGUCAAAGAAUGUCUAGGUAUGUCUCCUGCCUAACCCUUUUCUCACUAUCCUGUCAUCUUUUCUGUGUGUGUGUGUGUGUGGGCAGGCUUCUGUUUGGAUCUUGAUGGUACAAUUGUGUCCUUCAAAUACCAUCAUCAUCCAUGUCUCUUCUGUGUGUUGCUACAAAGGCUCUAUUUAAGAAUAGUGCAAACCAGGCGAAAAUUGGCUUUUUAAGUGCUUGAAGAUGUAUGAAUAUAUGAAGAUUUCAGCCAGAACUUUUGCAGUGAGACAGAUGGUCUUACAUUUUCUAGAACAGUGGUUCUUAAACUCAUGGAAGAUUUAUUCUUGAUGCCAUGCAUACUGUAGCUAUGUCUGCCACAAUGUGGCUUACGAGAGUAAAUCCCUCUAAAACACGCCUAAAGUGCCUAAAUAAGAAAUAUUAACAGCUUGUAAAAAUUGUAAAAAAAAAAAAUUCUGGCAUUGCGGUUACAGUGAAAACCAAUUCUGAGAACCACUGUUGUAGAAUACUUUCACAUAGAGGAGAAUUAAUAGUAGUCUCAAUGAUUGUGAGGCAUCCUGUUUGGCAUGUCAGUUUGGCAAAACAAAGGAAAUAUUACUCACAUUGCAUACCAACGGCCUGACACUAUUGCAGGCAGCUGGAAUCUACUUUCUCGAAAAUCAUUCUUGUCAGUCAUCCUUUCCGUAGAGGGGAAAGUCCAGUGAAGUCCCCAGCAAAAGCCCCUCAACGCCCCCCCCCCCCCCCCCCCCACUUUCCCCCAUGCUGUCAUUCUUCAUAGUCUGUCUUCAAUGGCAGUAGGCUUUCAAUAUCAUUUCAAAGCAUGAAUUCAGCUGAUGAAGAAUGAGCAAUGAACCAUGAAGUCAUUACACCUGACAGUGUAUAUGUACUUGGCAGUUUGUAAUGGCGGCUUUCCAUACAACGACUACCUGGAUGAAGUGAGAAACCAUCUACCAUCUGAUUACCUAUUCAAGAUACCUCAGUUAGAUUCCACUUGUAAUGAGAAAAGGGACAAUUAUCUGCAAGUCAAAUGGACUCUAGGAUGCAUCAUUCAGAGGGAUAAAGAUAAAAACAACUCACUAUUUCUCAAUAUCGCUCUGUUAUUUGAAAAAUUGAAUCAUUGCCAGGACAUUUCAAAGAAAAGCUGUCAUCUAGGUGACCAUCUCCACUAUGUCAAUGUAACACAGUUCCAAGAGAAGUAUAGUGAGGCUUACGAACACCAGCAUGAAAAUGAUUACAUAUCAUGUAGCUGUCCAAGUACAAGCACAGCUGUCACAACAAAAGAAAUACUGGUGACAGGCUUUGAACCGUCUACGACUUCUGUUCAAGUAAAAACACAGAGAAAAAGUGGAUCAACAAGUAACCGAUUUCAGUCAUCUGCUACAACAGAUAUCCCAGCAACAAGGUCUAGAGACAUAACAGAAACAAGAAAUAUAACAAACCUGGACAGUGGACUACUUUUGACCUCCCCAUUGCCAUUUAUUUUCAUGGGACAUAAGGCAUCAGAAAAGGCAGUGAUUUCAACAAUUGUGUUUAUGGCAAUUGUUAUUAUGUGCCUCACCUUUGCUGCUCUUUGCCUGUGGCUUAAGAACAGACGACUAAGGAAUACACAGUUACAGCAAAAUAUUGCUUUGGAACAGUGGAAUAUUGAGGAAAACCAAACACGGCUUCUAUAGGUCAUUCACCUGAAGAAAAUCUCGGUGGUUCCCAAUGAUUCACACAGCUGCUAUACCAAGUUUAUCUGUGGUAAUAUGUGCAUAAUAUACAGUAUAUUGUAUAUUAUGCACAUAUUACAUAAUACUGACUGAUAUUGCAUGGUACUACAGAAUAAAUAAAGAAAAUCAUUUUUGGGUGGUUCUCUCAAUGGAUAACAGCCCACGAAGAGUAGAAAUUGCAAAGUUUUGCAAUGAAAACAAGCCAAGCUGGGCAGAGUACAAAAGAAAAUGCCAAGGUGACAGUGGGGGAAGCAUCCUGAGCCAGAGUGGAAAGGACUUUUUUAAACUGUGAGAAACCCACUGGCUGGUGUGGAAGUUGUCAGCCUGUGCAACUGAUAAGGAAAGUCCUCAGAACUGCUAGAUAUCAAAGGCUGAUACUGGACCAAAAUAAUCAGUGGCAUUCAGGUACCAGCAACUGCUAAGCGUUAUGAAAGGGUUGGCCAGGACUGUUGCAACAGUGGCCAGGACUGUUAUUUAAGAAUUAAAAAAUUCAAACAAAAACAGAAGCAACUGCCUUGCGAAUGAAAGAAAGCAAAUCCUCUGUGAGGAACAGCUCUCUGACAGGACACAAAAUCCACGUGUAGCUUUGGACACAUACCAUAUACUCUUCUCUGUGGAAAAGUGUGAUUGAUCUGUAGUGUUUAAUUUCACUAAUGGGGUUAAGAUUGUAAUUUUUCAACUUUACUAUUCCAUUCAUAUAUAUUACAUUGCCUUGUUGCCUUGAUUUGCUUUGUGUAAAAAGUGAAUACUUCAUACUUAUGUUAACUGUAUCAUGAUUUUUCUUUUUCAUGUCAUUAUUUAUUUGUCUUCCAGACAAGAAACAUGAAUUCCAUUUUUGAAACUAGACUGGUUGCAAAUGCAUGAGCAGACAGUAAGCAUUCCAUCCAACUGUCUACUAAUGCUUCACCCAGGCUCGGAUUGCACUCAUAUUGUGACAUAGGCAUGGACAAUUUUGUGAACCACCAAAGAAAAGGAGGCAAAGAAGCGGAACUAUUGAUAUUAUCUGAACCAGAUGCUAUAAUUUAUUUUUUAUUACAUACAAUCAUUUUAUUGCCUAGAUAUGACAUUGUUACAUCUCUGCAGUACCAUAUUUUCAGUGUGCUCCAUAAAGUUUGCAAGAAAUACUUUUUUUGGCUUUGGAUUAGGCUUUUAUUAAGGGUAUUUUUAUACAUUUAGGUUCACCAUGUAGAAAUAACAGCAUUUUUUGCACAUAGUCCUCCAUUUCAUGGCUUCAGUACAGGCCUGGCAGAGCAUCGCCAGAGAAGAUACUCAGCAGCUGGUGAUGUCCAUGGGUCACAAACUUCAAGCAGUCAUUGUAUGCAAAGGAUAUGCGACAAAGUACUAAACAUGACUACUUUCAUUUACAUGACAUUAAUAUGUUCCAAACAUCAUGAUGCUCUGAGGGGGAAGGGCUAUGUAUAAAAUGUGCUGCCCCAAUUCAGAGCACAAAUAAUUUUAAAUUUAUGAUUUUAGAUUUAGAUUAUGGAGUACAGAGCUUACUGUGUUUGUGUGUGUGUGUGUGUGUGUGUGUAUCAGGUGUAUAUCUCAUCAGGUGCUUUUUUGGGCCCUUCUUUGACAUGACCACAUAGGCAUCUGCCUGUGUGGCUUAUGCUAUAAUCCAGGCUUCACCUUCUCAUACCUCGUUCUUUCUCUGGCACACGCAGAAUGGACGGGCACUGUAAUGUUCUGUGAGCUGCUCCAUCAAGAAAAAGUAAAAAAACAAAACAAAAAAAAUCAAUAAUGGAGAAACCUGCUGCCACAGAGCAACAUCAGAUCGAUAGACCAGAAACCAACCAUAUGCGAUACUCACUUCUGUAUAGAAACAAAGC